UUUUUUUUUUUUUUUUGGUCAUAAAAAUACAGGAUCUCGGUUCUUUUGGUCGUCAUUUUCGCUGAUAUUUUAUCCUAAUUAUUAUUACUGAAUUUUAUUUUAUCAGUUUUCAAUGUUUGUCUUAAUUACUGUUAGAAUAAUAGAUCUCGAUUUUUUUUUUUCUCAGUAGUUGAUCUCGAAAGAUUCAAUAUUGGGGUCUCUGAUUCAAAAUUUUGCUUCUCUGUCGGCCUAAAAAAUCAUAUGUUAGCCUAAUAUGGCUUAAAGGUAUCCAUAGAUUAGGAAUUAUUCGUGUGUAUUUGGGAAUUUCCAAAGAAUCCGGCCCUGAAAACCAUAACUGAAAAGUGGACCGGCUGCUUCUAAUUGUGCCAGUCAAUCUCAGUAUCUUGCAGUGCUUAGCUGAUUUGGCGAGAUAGGCUUGCUAACGAUUUCAUUAGUUCCUUGUCUAUCUUUGAAAUUACUGGGGAUUUUAAUGCUGGGGAUCUCAAAUUUUUGGUUUUAGGAAAAACCCACCACUUCUUCGAUUAAGAAUCAGUUAAUUACUGUUAUAUCUUACAAGAUGCCUUCUGCUCAAGAUCCAUUCUAUGUAGUGAAAGAGGAGAUUCAAGAAUCUAUUGAUAAGUUGCAGUCUACUUUUCACCAAUGGGAGCGUAUUCCUUCUUAUGCUGGAGACCAAGUACAUCUCACAAAGGAACUGCUUACUGGUUGUGAGAGCAUUGAGUGGCAGGUGGAUGAAUUGGACAAAGCAAUUGCUGUGGCAGCUAGGGAUCCAUCCUGGUAUGGCAUUGAUGAAGUGGAACUUGAAAAACGAAGAAGAUGGACCAGCACUGCUCGUACGCAGGUGGGCACCAUGAAGAGAGCGGUAGAAGCUGGGAAGGUAUCGAAUGGGACUGGCACUACUAGUGCGAGUGCAAUGCGUCGAGAACUAAUGAGGAUGCCAGAUUCAGACCAGAAGGAUAGAUCUAACCACUACACUGCUGUAGAUAAUGACGAUAUCAUAUCAUCAGAAUCUGACAGACAGCUGCUUCUGAUAAAGCAGCAGGAUGAGGAAUUAGAUGAACUUAGUGCAAGUGUGCAGAGAAUUGGUGGUGUUGGGCUUACCAUACAUGAAGAGCUUCUUGCACAGGAGAAAAUUAUAGAUGAUUUGGGUACGGAAAUGGACAGUACAUCAAAUCGCCUUGAUUUUGUUCAGAAAAAGGUGGCUAUGGUCAUGAAAAAAGCUGGAGCAAAGGGCCAGUUUAUGAUGAUAUUGUUCUUGGUGGUUCUGUUUAUCAUCCUAUUCGUUCUGGUCUUCUUCACUUAGGCAAUUGAAUGAACAAGUUUGCAAUAUUUGUACAUGGGAGACUUGGGACGAGGAAUGGGAAUAUCCUUGGGAGUAGAGAGAGAGAGAGGAAGGAGGGGACUAUACAAAAUUGAUCGGAAUGAAAUGAUUUGAUUGGUAAUCUGGUUUUUGGAGUUAAAAAAAAAACUUGGAACGAAAUGAAGAAUCUGCCUUUUUGUUAGGUGCAACAUCUUAAGUUGCUCAGAAUUUGUGGUUGAAGUAGCACUUUGAAAUUACAAUACAAUGUAAAUACUAUUAUUUUGAGUCAUGUUUAUUUCUCCA